GCUCUAGCUAGCGGCACCCCGGAAGUGCGCGUAUCCCGCAUGAUACAACGCUACUUUCACGACCUGACAAUGAGCUUUCUAUUUCCAAUUCCUGUGCCGGAAUCGGGUCGAUUCAACAUGGAUGAGUUCUUUCGCACCCUGGAGACUUUGGGUCCACAACUGACCUGCGAAAUUAAAGGUGACUGGGCUGGUCUCUACAGUCUUGCUGACAUUCCGGGUGGUGGCUAUCCUCUUUUAUGUUGA